AAAUCAUAACCAAUUCAACUCCAUCAAUAUAACACCACCAUAUAUCAAACACAAUAAAACUAAUAACAGUAGCACCAGAUCAUGUCUAGUAGCUUCUUUGGACGGAGACAUGAACCACCACCACCACUACACAGUCCCCACCAAACAUGGGAACCUAAUUACCACCAAGACUACGGCUAUGGCGGUUAUGGAACCACCAUAACCGGUGGCACAUCACAUAUGGCGAUGACUGGCUUUCCAGAGCAGCCAUCGCCAGUUGUGAACACACAAAUAGAGAAGAAGGAGACCCCGGAAGCAUACGUGUUUAAGGCGCAGCUUCCGGGGCUGCGGCGCACAGACGUGAGGGUGGAAGUGGAUGAUGAUAGGGUUCUAUGCAUAGUUUGUGAGAGAAGCGUGGAGAAGCAAGAACAAAGAGGAGGUUGGCACGUUGUUGAGAUGUCAAGUGGCCACUUCGUUCAGCGUGUGAUGUUGCCUCAAAACGCCAACGUUGACCAUGUUAAGGCUUAUAUGGAUAAAGGGGUUCUUACUGUUACGGUUCCCAAGCACCAUAGAACUGUGAACAAUCAUGUUAGGAACGUUAACAUUUCUGGACACUGAGAAUAAUACAUGAUAAGUAAUAUUUAUAUCAGUUUCGCUAAAAAAUCAAUUAGGGGUGAAGCCAACUCUAAUUAACUAGUUGAAAAACAAGUUUGUUAUAAAACAAAAUGAAAAAUAACCUCCUAUUAUCUUAAUUUUUAAAAUUUUAAAAUAAAAAAGAGUUGGUUUAAUUAGCUUAUAUUAUAGUUAUACUUUUUCUAUUUAUAUAUGUGUGAUCGUGUGUGAUACAUAUGUAAUAGUAAUACGUCGUAUUUGCGUAAGUACCUAGAAAGAUAUAAAUAAUUGAUGUACUCUGAGUGUCUGUGAGUGUCUGCGACCUUUGUUUUUGCUUUCUUUCAACUGAUGAUCCAUGUAUGUAUUAAUUAUAUAGUAGACCAAUAAUUGGAGUACUGGCGGCUACCCUGGCCUCUUCAACGGGAGAAAUAUGAAA